GGUUACCUAAGUAUUUCUGAUGCAAAUGCGUCAACAAACGGGACGACGGCGGCGUCAGCCUUCGGAAACAUCUAAUGGUUCUUUGGCUUCCAGUAGACGCUCCUCAUUUGCACAAAAUGGUAAUUCGUCAAGGAAAAGUUCAGAAAUGAGAGGACCUUGCGAGAAAGUGGUACAUACUGCUCAAGAUUCAUUGUUUUCGACGAGUUCUGGAUGGACAAAUUUCCGUGGAUUCUUCAAUUUGUCUAUUUUACUUUUGGUACUUUCAAAUGGACGCGUGGCACUUGAAAAUGUGAUCAAAUAUGGUAUUUUGAUAACACCCCUUCAGUGGAUCUCAACGUUUGUUGAGCAUCACUACUCAAUUUGGAGCUGGCCAAAUCUUGCUCUCAUCCUAUGCUCAAAUAUUCAGAUUCUCUCGGUUUUUGGAAUGGAAAAAAUUCUUGAACGUGGAUGGCUUGGAAACGGAUUCGCUGCAGUGUUCUACACCUCGCUUGUGAUUGCACAUCUGACAAUUCCAGUUGUGGUCACUCUUACCCACAAAUGGAAGAAUCCUUUGUGGUCAGUCGUAAUGAUGGGUGUUUAUGUUAUUGAAGCUCUCAAAUUCAUCUCAUAUGGCCACGUCAACUACUGGGCUCGUGAUGCUCGGCGAAAAAUCACAGAGCUCAAAACACAAGUCACCGAUUUGGCAAAGAAAACAUGUGAUCCGAAACAAUUUUGGGAUUUGAAAGAUGAAUUAUCAAUGCAUCAGAUGGCUGCUCAAUAUCCUGCCAAUUUGACACUUUCCAAUAUCUACUACUUCAUGGCUGCACCAACAUUGUGCUACGAAUUCAAAUUUCCAAGAUUGUUGCGAAUUCGGAAGCACUUUUUGAUUAAAAGAACCGUGGAGCUUAUCUUUCUAUCGUUUUUGAUAGCUGCACUUGUUCAACAAUGGGUUGUUCCGACUGUCCGAAAUAGUAUGAAACCUUUAAGUGAAAUGGAAUACUCUAGAUGUUUGGAACGACUCUUGAAACUUGCAAUUCCAAAUCAUCUCAUCUGGCUUCUAUUCUUCUACACAUUCUUCCAUUCAUUUUUGAACUUGAUCGCCGAGCUGCUUCGAUUUGCCGAUCGUGAGUUCUACAGAGACUUUUGGAAUGCAGAGACGAUAGGAUAUUUCUGGAAAUCAUGGAACAUCCCAGUUCACCGAUUUGCUGUUCGCCACAUCUACAGUCCAAUGAUGCGUAACAAUUUCUCAAAAAUGAGCGCAUUCUUCGUUGUGUUCUUCGUGUCGGCAUUCUUCCAUGAAUAUCUGGUUUCUGUGCCAUUAAAGAUUUUCCGAUUGUGGUCCUACUAUGGAAUGAUGGGACAAAUUCCUCUAUCCAUUAUCACUGAUAAAGUGGUGAGAGGUGGACGUACAGGAAACAUCAUCGUCUGGCUCUCACUGAUUGUUGGCCAACCUCUUGCAAUUCUCAUGUACGGACAUGAUUGGUACAUUUUGAACUUUGGUGUUUCAGCAGUUCAAAACCAAACCGUUGGUAUUUGAUUUAUCUCAAUUUGUUUUUUUUUAAUUAGCAGUUCUCUAGUCUUACUACAAGUUUUUUAUUAUAAUCAUUAUAUUGCAUGUUGCCAAAUUAUCUCAAAAUUCCUAUUUAUAUUUUUCAUGUAUUACAGGUCGUUUUCUUAUUUUUCUCGUCUCUCACAUACGUUUGCUCACACUUUUGAAACAUAUUUAGUGCCAUUUAUUACCACCUUGCCAUACAUGAAUACCUUUUUUCCAUUUACCGUACAUAUCAAAAAUUAUUUGAGAUAUUUGCGGUGAAUAGAAAAACUGAACUCUGUGUGAAUAAAAUUUAUUUUUUC